AUCCUAGUUUCGUGUUUUCUCUGCUGCACCACUUGGCACCUAUAAAGGUUUCUUGAACAAACGAAGGGCGCUGAAUACACAGAGCAGAGAUUCAUUCAUUCACUCACCACCUCCUUGCUGAGCGCCUACUACACACCAGAUGCUAUGCUAGACAGAGGGAUGGAAGAAUGGACACAACUGGAUAUUUUGCUCUGAUGGAACUUACAUUCUAGUAGGUUCUAGAAUCAUCAACCUUCAACCAGCAAGCAGUAAGUAAACAGACCCUAUCAGGAGGUCACCUGCUGUGAACAAGAUGCAAAGGAGAAGCGGCAUCACCCAGCCCUGGGCAGCUGCUGGUGGGCUGGAGGCCGCAGGUCCGUGGAGGGGAAGUGGUUCAGGCUCAGCAUGUGUGGCUUGCCUCCCAUGGACGCAGAAAGGAUGCACCUUCCCCUGGGUGGUGGCAGCCCUACUGUUGAGUGUGGUCAACUCAGGAGGGUAGCAUUUGCCUUUCAUGCAAACCUGGUAGGCUAUCAGUCCGUGUAAGAAAAUCCACUAAAGGGGACUUCCCUGUUGGUCCAAUGGUUUAGAAUCCACCUAGCAGCGCAGAGGAUGUGGGUUUGAUUCCUGGUCGGGGAACCAAGGUACCACUUGCUGUGGAGCAGCUAAGCCCGAGAGCCACAGCUAGAGAGUCCAUGCACUGCAACAGAAAAAUCCCACAUAUGAAACGAAGAUCCUGACUGCCGCCCUAAGACCCGAUGCAACCGAAGAAAUAAGUAAACGUCCAAAAGGAAAAAAGGAAAAAAAAUCUACCAAAGCUAGCAUUGUGCAAGAGGAAGGAAACGCAGUGUAGAAGGCCACGUGGUGUUUUUGUGCCUGGUGGGGGAAGCCCCGUAUGUCUGCUCUGGGCCCUUGCGGUGGGAGUGUAAAGAGCCAGGCUCACGUGCUGACCGCCCCUCUCCCCCGCUGGGUGGGGGAGCUUGCCUGGCAGCAGGAGGAGGGCCAGGGGUUCUGCUAAGGGAUUGUCAGAGAGCCCAGUUUCUUUUGGGGAGAGGGAUUAAGCCCCCCGCAUCAGGGGCAUAAGGAGGGAGAGAAGUCUGGCACUGCACACCACAGUAGGGUGUUGUCUGCUGGGACUAAUGGGGAGCUCAGCCCCAGACACAGGCCUGUUGGGCGGGAGGAGUGGAGUCCAGGAAUGCCAAGCACCCCUUUCCCGGGAUAAACACUGCUCCAGAGCCCCCCGUGGCUUCUCCCGGGGUGCUGGUAGUUCCUGGUGCUGACGUCCAAGGGGGCACCUCUGCCUCUACAAUGGACCUGGCUAAGCCCUGCAGGUGUGGUGCCCUUUCCCCCAGAGAGUGAGGAAUAAGUGAGUCCCCAAGGCUGAUGCCCUUGGCUUCACAGAAACACGUCGUGAACCUGGCAUCUGAAGCUCUGACAGGAACCGGCCUGUGCUAAUUAUAAUCUGCACAGCCUGCUAACGAUUGACCUUAGACUCCAGGGAGGCGAAGGCUCCUGGAGGAAGGUCUCAGGGUGCUCUGAGGCAUCCGGACGCAAGGCAGGGGUUCGUGGUGCAGAGGAUGGGCUCUUCUGGACUCUUCAGCGGACACCACCUUGCAGCUCCGGCAGAAGGGAGACAGUUCUAAACUCCCGGGCUCUGCUGAAGGACUGUUGGGGAGAAUGAGGCAGCCCGAUUGCCUUCUGUGUGACCUUGGGCAGGUCAUGUAAGGACCUUGAUUUCUUUAUGUAAAGAAGACCGUCAUUCUUACUUAAGAGGAGUUGGGAGACCUCCAUGAGCUGUGUGCGAACGCCUGGCACAGGGACUUACACCUGGAAGAUGCUCAACAGUGUUAGUUCUCAGCCUGUUACUCUCUGAAAAAAUCCUGGAGGGCUUCCUGGAGGUAGUGAUGUGGAGCUGAUGAGUGAAUGCCGGCAGGCAAAGAAGAGCACCGAGGGGAGAGGCCGCAUGCCCCUGCAGGUGCCAUGACUCAGCAGCCCCAGGAGGGCUUUGACAGGAGCGUGGAGGACGCCCGCCAGUGGAUGAGGGCUGUGCAGGAGCGGCUACAGAUCAAUGACAACACCCAGGGGCCCCGCACGGCGCUGGAGGCCAGGCUGCGGGAGACCGAGAAAAUAUGCCAGCUGGAGCCAGAGGGCCGCGUGAAGGUGGAUGUGGUGCUGCAGGCUGCCGAAGCCCUUCUGGCAUGCUGCCACGAGGACCAGAAGCCCGAGAUCCUGGCUCGGCUGAGAGACAUCAAGGCCCAGUGGGAGGAGACGGUCACCUACAUGACCCACUGUCACAGCCGCAUCGAGUGGGUGUGGCUGCACUGGAGUGAGUACCUGCUGGCCCGGGAUGAAUUCUACCGCUGGUUCCAGAAGAUGACCGUGGCGCUUGCGCCCCCCGUGGAGCUGCAGCCCAGCCUGAAGGAGAAGCAGUGGCAGCUGAGCCACGCCCAGGUGCUGCUGAACAACGCGGACCACCAGGCAGUGCUCCUGGACCGGCUGCUGGAGGAGGCGGCCUCCCUGUUCAAUAGGAUCGGGGACCCCAGCGUGGACGAAGAUGCCCAGCAGCAGAUGAAGGCUGAGUAUGACGCCGUGAAGGCGAAAGCCCAGGACAGAGUGGACCUGCUGGAGCAGGUGACCCGUGAGCAUGAGCGUUUCCAGGAGAGCGUGGACGAGUUCCAGCUGUGGCUGAAGGCGGUGGUGGAGCGGGUGCAUGGCUGCAUGGGGCGGAAGUGCCGGCUGAGCACCCAGGACCGUCUCUCGGCUCUGCAGGGCAUUGCCGAUGAUUUUCCUAAGGGUGAAGAGUCCUUGAAGAGGCUGGAGGAGCAGGCCGUGGGGGUCACCCAGAACACCUCUCCUCUGGGUGCAGAGAAGAUCACCAGAGACCUGGAGGAGAUGCGGGACGUUCUGGAGAAGCUGCGUGGGCUCUGGGAGGAGGAGGAGGGAAGGUUGCGGGACCUAGUCAAGUCUAAGGGAGCCUGUGAGCAGCAGAGGGGGCAGCUGGAGGCCGAGCUGGCAGAAUUCAGGAAGGACCUUCAAAGGCUGGCAGAGGAGGGCCUGGGGACCACAGCCAAGGCAGCGACCGAGGAUGAGCUGGUGGCCCACUGGAGACUCUACUCGGCGACCCGGGCGGCGCUGGGUGCAGAGGAGCUGCGGGUGGACCGGCUGCAGGCCCAGCUGAAGGAGCUCAUCGUCUCUCCCCAGGACCCGCAGCCACUCUCAGACAGCGUGGUUGCUGCCAUCCAGGAGUACCAGAGAAUGAAGGCCAAGAGCAGCAGGCUGCGCAACGCCGCAGCCGCAGAGCUGUGGCAGCGUUUCCAGCGGCACCCCCAGAACCUGCAGCUGUGGAGGGAGCUGGCCCAGAGACUCCUGGAUGUCACCGCCAGCCUGCCAGACCCACCCUCCAUCCACACCUUCCUGCCGCAGAUCGAGGCGGCCCUGAUGGAGAGCUCCCGCCUGAAGGAGCAGCUGACGAUGCUGCAGCUGAAGAAAGACCUGCUGGGCAGCAUCUUUGGCCAGGAGAGAGCCACGGCCCUGCUGGAGCAGGUGGCGACUUCCGUGAGGGACAGAGACUUGCUGCACAACCGCCUUCUGCAGAGGAAGAGCAAACUGCAGAGCUUACUUGCUCAGCAUAAAGAUUUUGGGGCGACUUUCGAGCCUCUGCAGAAAAAGCUCUCAGACCUCCAAAUCCGGGUCCAAGCCGAGAAUGGGCUUCGGCGGGACCUUCCUGAGAAACAGGCCCAGCUUCUGAGGUUGCAGGGGCUGCAGGAGGAGGGGAUGGACCUGGGGUCUCAGGUGGAGGCCAUGAGGCCCCUCUUCCAGGGGAACCCUAACCACCAGCACAAAAUGGACCAGCUUUCCGCCGCCCACCAGGCCCUGCAGAGGUCUCUGGAGGACCUCCUGGAAGGACGCCAGCAGAGCCUGCGGGAACAUUGCACCUUCAACCACGAUCUGCUGAAGCUGCGGCAGUGGAUCUCUGUGAUGACACAGAAGCUGGAGGCUUACCGUGGGGACACGGGCCCAUGGGAUGCCCAGUCCCGGGAGGCUGAGGUUGAGAGGCUGCUGGCUGAAUUCCCGGAGAAGGAAGCCCAGCUGCCCGUGAUGGAAGCGCUCGGCCGGCUGGUGAUGGAGGCGUCUUCUCUGGAGGGAGCUGCUGUGGUCCAAGGGGAGCUGGAGGAGCUGACCAAGUCAUGGAGGGCCUUGAGGCAGCUGGAGGAGAGCCUGCUGAGCCUCAUCAGAAACCGGCAGCUGCAGAGGACGACAGAAGUGGAUUCAGGGAAGAAAAUGAUUUUCACCAAUAACAUCCCAAAGUCUGGGUUUCUCAUCCUCCCCACGGAUCUUACUUCCCGGCAUCGCCGUCAGGCAGGUCUGCUCAGGGAGGAAGGAGGCAGCCAUGAGGAUUAUCCCCAGUCCCUGAGGAACUUUGAGGACUGGUUGCAGAAGGAAAAUUCCAAGCUGGUUAGGAUCAUUGCCAUGAAAACUCCCACCACCGAGGACUUGAGGAUCAGAGCAACAAAGCUGCAGGAGCUGGAGGCUCGAAUACCAGAAGGUCAGCAUCUCUUCAAAAACCUCCUUCGUCUCAGGCCAGCCAGCAGGUCCUCGGACGAGCUAGAGGACCUACGCUACCGGUGGAUGCUCUACAAGUCCAAGCUCAAGGACUCCAGCCACCUGCUGACGCAGAGUCCUCCAGGGGAGCCGACUGGAUUCCGAAAGGCCGCGCAGUGGCGAGGGCUCGGCUCUCUCUGCCGGAAGGUGUGCCGUGUGGCGCUCCCCCUGCAGCUGCUGCUCCUGCUCUUCCUGCUGCUGCUCUUCCUGCUCCCGGUCGGGGACGAGAACCGCAGCUGCUUCCUGGCCAACAACUUCGCCCGCUCCCUCACGCUCAUGCUCCGCUACGACGGCCCUCCGCCCACCUAGCCCUCUUCCCCCACCAGGGGCACUCAGGGGAUGCUCUUCUCCAAACUUCCAGCUGCCCCAGCCUCCUCUGGAGGAUGCUGGGGGACCUGGAAACAGAGGCAGGCCAGAGCCUGCUGGGCUGCAUCCAUGUAAAUACUAUAUCGAUAUUCUCAGAACAAAAUUACUUUUUUAUACAGCAUUGUCUCAGUCUAUUUAUACUAAAUGUGUACUACGUGUGACUUAGGGGAUAAUGCAUAGCCAUUUUUUUAAUAUGCUCUGUAUGUAAAUGCUCAGUAUGUAUCAUUUCACAUAUGACCUCUAUUUGUCAUUGGGAAAAUUCCCAACAGUGUUUUUGUCCAGUGGGAUCUUGUAGCAUUUUGGCCUUGGUCUGCAGUCAGCCCUGGAAAGCAGGGACAAGAACGUGUCGCUUGUAUGGCCAUCUCCUAUCCAGAAACCAAGCCCCACGUCCAGAUGUUCGUGAAGAGGACUCUGAGCCGUUGACGCAGAAGAACAGCGCUGGCGCUCGCUCAGAGCCCAGUGACUCUCGGUCUAGGCACAGUCAGAACAGCCAUGCUCAUCUAGACUUCAGAAUGACCACAGACUAGAUGCUGUGGGUGAGAAGCAGAAAAAGGGCUGAUUCUGGGCUGGCCCAGACGCAGCAGUGAAAAAUGGCAAGUGACAGAGUGAAAUUAAUGGAGGAAAGAAGAACUCCAAGGAGCACACCCAGAGCCAAGAAAAGCACAGCAGGGGGACCUUGGGGAGCGUGAAUAGCCCAGACAGUGAGGAAGGUCCAUGGUCUGAGUCUUCAGGGAGUGGUUAGGUCACGCUGCCCAUGUUCUCUGCUCUGCUUGGGAAUAAAAUGAAGGAGAAGGAGCCUGUUGUUAAGAUUCCCACGUGGAAGGAUAAGCACGCUGUCUGUAGCGCCCAGGUGCCUGAUAGUGCCGGAAAGAUGUGUUACCUCUGUUGCACCGAGGCUGAGUUUUUCAUCAUCUAUGGCUCCGGCUGAAGGGACAGAGGGAAGCAUCUGACCCACCAGGGACCAGAGCUCGGGGGUCCAAGACAGAGAGGAGGGGUCAUCUGCAGAGCUCAGCCAGCCUGGAGGGCUCUCUCCUUCUCCCAGAAGGGACUUUGGAGAAAGCUGGGUCCUCUGAGCCACGAAUGUCCCACACAGGUCCCCACAAGGGACCCAGAGUCCAGGUGCCCCAAACCAGGCCCUCUCUGUAAGAGCUUGGCAGUUGGGCCCAUGAGCCACCUGGGCCUUGAGGCUGGAAAUAUUGAAUUGGCCAAAAAGUUCAUUCGGGUUGUCUGUACCAUCUAAUGGAAAAACCCGAACGAACUUUUGGGCCAACCUAAUACAUCCCUUCCUCCCCCAGGGAAUUCUGGAACGGUUCCUAAGUGUUUCAUCACUGGAUCCUAUUUUCCCCAAAUCAACACUAAAGUUUCCUUUUUUAAAAAAUGCUUAGUGCCCACUCUUCACCAAUUGAUUUUGUCUGUUCAGCUAUGCAUCAGAGACCAAGAGGGUCCUCAGGCCUUUGAAAUCAGUGUCACAGACCCAGAAAGGCCUUUAAACAGAGGGGAAGCUGAAGACCCCGGAGGGUCCAGGCCCCCAUCACUGUGCUCCCCUCCCCCACACUGCCCUCUGGGCCUCAGAGGCCCAGCCUGCUCAGGGCUCUCGGCCCAGUGACUCAGGCUCCGUAUAACUGGGAAGAGCUGGACACUCACGGGGCAGGAAAGUAGGGUUGCAGAGAGGAGCCCUCCAGGCCGACGUAGAAAGCGAGCUUUCCUCCAGAUAUUCAGAGACCAAGCCACAAGGCUAUUCUCCACAGGUGGUGGCCUUCCUGGAAAAUCUGGGGCUGCGUGAACCAAAGACCUCAGGCCCAGGCGGCUGAGCCCAGAUGCUCACUGGGUUGAGUCGGUCCAGCCUGAGAAGGUCAGCGCUGUGGCAGGACCUUUGAACAUCUCCAGGCAGGCGGAGGCCCGGAGAGGGGAAGUAACUUACCCAGAGUCACACAGCGGCGGCAGCUAAGGCCAGAGCUGAUCCCGGUCGCUGCUGCCUCUGGGUGGUACCCGACUCGCUGUUGCGCCCCACCAAAUCUGUAACUUCAAACAGGCUUGAGUGACAUGAAUUCAGUUGGGUCACAUGUCCUAUGUGUCAGGGAGGGAGAAUCUGUAAUGUGUGGGCUGGCGGGAGGAAAUGAACGUAUAUUUUUUAAACUUUGAUACCAUAGAGCUUGUUUGCAUAACUUUUUUUUUAAAAAAAGAGAAUUGAUAUUUUCAUUACUUUCAUAUAAAGACAGUUGUGAUAUGACAUAA